AUUCGUAAUGUAUACUUUGAGAUUUACGUAAGAGAUUGUUUUAUCAAUGCGUUGCCAAAAGCUCCUGCUUAUAUUUAUUGUAUGCUUCAUGCUGGUGGACUGCAGAAGGCCGGUGCGUCCGUACAAAUCAUUUCACCAGCAGAGGCCGCAUUGUUCAAGUAAUCAGAAUAAUAAUAAUAAUCCGCCGGCUUCCUGUAUAACGAACCAGAAAUCAACAUGUAUAGCGUCCAGCGCUGCAGAAGCAGCGAAAGCUGCCAAGGACCAACAGAUUUGUGCUGGUCAUAGGGCAGGGCAACGUGUCAAGGUAGCUUUGGCCGACAAAGCGGAGCAGGCAGCUCGGGCCGCAGAGGCGGAGCUGAAUGGCAAAAAAAAACUGCUUGAUCAAUUGAUUUCUAGCUUAAAAGAGGCUCAAGCAGUGGAAGAAGAGGUCAAGAAGACAAUUGCGCAAAGUGGUAAUAACCUCAAUGGGGUUAAAAACGUUUUCAACAUGUAUACAAAACUAUUUGAUCGUCUGCAAUGUCUUCAAGCGAGCGCAAAGAAAAAUCUACAAAAAUUAUCUGAAGUUGUGCAGAAUUCUCAAUCGGACAUAGUUCAGAAGCAGCACCUACUGAGAGAUACCAAAAGGCAAUUGGAAACCCAACUCAAAUGCCGUUGCAAGGCAAAGAAGGAUUAUGAGUUCACUGCGACUCUGGCCCAGAAAGCAGCGGUGGCUGCAGAAGAGGCCAAGCAACGCAUUGAAAGCAUACGUGGAUCAAUUGAAAAGAUUAAGAAACUCAAAAAGAAGGAUGUAAGCAUCUUACGAAAUAUUAUAGGGAAGAUUACGCACAAAUAAUUUACUCUAAUUAUUUAUAUAUUUUUUAUAUUUGGCAAGCGCCACUUUUGUUUAAUAUUUAAAAUAUA